AUGUCCCUCAGCCAAUUGUAUGGGAAACAAACAAUUAAUUAUGCAAAGCUCAGACAGAUGAGAUCUCCAAAUGAUGCACAAUCAUUUGGAUUGCGUCAAGAAUUUAAUGAUUUUUCAUAGUUACAUCGACAACCUGUUGAAACGAAUAAACAUUAAAGAGCGAAGUCAACACUAUAAAACAAUUAUAGACAAGGUACACCUCUUACAGAUCUGGAGGAGAUGGAAGGAGAGAAAUUGUUUGAUUAGUUUUUUAAGUUUAACAACUCUAAAAGUGAAAGCGAUUUCAUGAGGGAUUCAAUGUAGAGAGAUUAAAAGCAGCCUCAAUCAGAAUUUUUAAGAUUUGUAGAGAAUGCAAUAGAAUAUCAUAAGCAAUCUGAAUUGCAUUUUCGACCUACUAUAAAAAAGAAUUAACAUUUAGAGUAGAAGACAAAAGAACUUACAGUAUAGAAUAGGUUAUUGGCAAGUGAAAUUAAUAGAUACAAACAGAGAGAGAUGGAAUUAAAAAAUAAGAUAAAAAUAAUCCAAAAAGAAUGUUAACUAGAAUUGGGUCAAUUGAUAUAGAAGAAUGAAUGGUUGGAAGAGUUGUUGGUAAAACAAAAAAUUGACAAUGAGAAUUCCUUGUUGGCUGUUAAGAAAUCUUUAGAAAUGAUGUAAGGAAGGUGUAUGUGUCAAAAGGGAAUGGCUGAUAAGAUAAUGAAAGAAGUUAAAUAACAAUCUAGACCAUAAUAUGAUCUUCAGGCUACACACUCGUCAUCUGAAUUAAGCAGUAACACUGGAGACGAAGACUUGGACUUUGAUUAUGUGAGAAGAAGGAAAUCUCUAUCAAAGACAUCUGAAGAACAUUAAUUUUAAUUAGCGAGAAGCAAGAACUUGAGAGAGUUUGCUAGAGACCAAUUUUUUCGAAAGAAACCUACACAAGACCCUUAUUAUACAUGA